CGCUAUCACAGCCGGAUGUAUUCCUCGUGGACUGAACUUCUCCUCAGGCAGCAAUACUUUUAAACUUAUUCUUUUAAUCAGGGCCAGUGUUGCCAUAGUUACCGUGAUAUCUCGGUGUUUCCUGGGGGCUCGUGCUUCUUUAAACACUCCGCCGCGUGAGUUUCAAACCGCGCCGUUAGCCUGUUAGCUGCUGGAGCUAAGUUUGGAUGCUGGCAUAGAAACAGAGUGACGUCAUCUAUCUGGAACCCUCCUCAGAUGGACAGCAGCUCAUCACCACAGGAGGAUGAGAAACGCAGCUCUGCGCCUCCUCCAGAGGUGAUGGAUGUGACCGUCCCUGAAACACCACCUCAGCCAGAGGAAACCAGCUGUCUCACCGAGGAGGCAAACACUGCACAUCCACCACAGAUGGAUCACCAUGGCGUGGCGUCCAUAAAGGAGGAGAUGGAGGUCACCAUGGUGACGCAGGAUGAUGCCACAGCAGCGAACAGUGGAACCCGGGCAGAGGGCAUGGCAGCAGCAGCAGGGGGAGACCCUGAGGCCGUCCCCUUGGAUCCGGACUCAGAUGAUUCCGACAGUGACAGCUCUUCCUCGUCAUCCUCAUCCUCGUCUUCCUCCUCAUCCUCGUCUUCGUCUCCCGCCCCGGUCAUGGAGGACGAUGAUGAAGGUUUCAGCCAACCAGCGCCUAUUAAAGUUCGUGGUGAAGUCUUACUUGAGGAGCUUCCAGCCGUGGAGGAGGUCUCUGUGAGCUUACCUGAGGAAGCGGAGCUGCAGCCGGCGGGGACGGUCUCCAGCAUCGUCCAGCAGCUCGUGAUCGUCCAGUCCCUGAAAAACACCCCCCCGCUGAACGAGGACAGCAUCCUGUUCCGCUCUGACCGGGUGGCAGUGGGAAAGGUGUUCGAGGUGUUCGGCCCCGUCUGCAGCCCUUUGUACGUCCUCCGCUUUAACUCUUCAGACCAGAUCAGCAACAAAGGCCUCUCAGAGGGAUGCACCGUUUAUUUUGCUCCUUCACUCAAGGAGUACACAGAGUACAUCCUCACCCAGCAGCUCAAACUCCUGAAGGGAUCCGAUGCUUCCUGGAAGAACGACGAGGAGCCGCCGGAGGAGGUAACCCAGCUCGCCUUGGGAUCAGCGUGGGUGGGGAUAGCGAUGGCUCCAGUAAAGCCGGAACAUAAAGGCGCUCAGCAUCAGGGAUCGGACCGCCGCAGCUUCCAGCCUAGACCACCAGGCAAUCGCCAUCGCCAUCAGCAGCCAAGAAACGCCCCGCCCCCCUACGCACAACACCACCAUCCACCUGGACACACAGAGCCCCCCCCUUCAUACCUGCCUCCCCCUCACUACCCCUUCUCCCCCCAAGGCUUCCCUCUCUACCCCCCUCCUCCUCUCCCUCCUCCAGCUUUUUUCAACCCUUCCUUCUCUCCUUCUUUCUGGCCUCCAAACUCUCUUCCCUACGUUGAUUUCCCCCCUCCUCCUCCUCCUCCCCCACCUCCCCCCUCAGCCCCUCACUAA